ACCGUACCAGGGCAUUUGGGGGCUAAAUUCAGAAUAGCUAAUCAUUCUUUAACAUUUAAUUAUUUAACUAUCGUAAAAAAAAUAAUUCUUUCAUCAUAGCAACAACAUGUUAAACGUAUGAUUUUUACUCUUACAAUUGCAUACUUGUGAUAGUUAUAACACUAUCCAAAUGUUAACAAAAACUGUUUUUACUCAUCUUAAACUCUCAAUUACUGACUUCACCUGUGAAGUAUUCGUUCUUUUGUAAACUAAGAACACACAUGCUUCAUUUACCGCUGACUAUUAUUCUUAAUGUCAGUAUGGGAUUGUGGAGAUUUUUGGAUUUUUGGAACCGAUCUAAGUAAUACAGUUGUACAGUCCUAACCACCAAUCAUAAUGUAUCACGAACAAGUUAAUAGCAUACAUGCCAUACAGCACUACAAUAGUACUACAAUAUCAUGAGGAUACAAGUUUCUAUGAGAGAUGAGAUUAGAUAGCUCACCUCCAUCUUACAUUUGCACAAUAAUUAUUUAUAAAUAUACUCUGCUAGAAGGUGAUUUUGCAUUGGUUUUAAGGAGAACCAGCUACCAUUCAGGCUAUUAUAAAACCUGAACACCAUGGCUCGAUCCUACGGAACAAUUGCACAGGUACUAAGAUCCCUGGUAAACCAGAAGUUUACAUAAUAUGUAUUUUAUUAUAAAUCAUAGUAUCAGGAUAAAAUAAAGAGCAAAAUUAUUUUUCACUUCAGCGCUAUGUUUGUUCACUAAAGCAUUCAUUUUAACCAUGUAUACCAUUGAUUCUUUAUAGUACGAUAUUCAUCCAGUAUUGUCACUAUUUUCAAUGCUGCUUAAUAUUCAUCGGUUAUUAGUUUUUGUCUUCUUCCAUACAUUGUUCCACUAAUAGUUUAUCACCUAUCCAUAAACUAUUUCUCCUAGUUGUAAGGCUUAGAACAAAGAAGAAGUAAAAGCGCUUCCUCGGUCUUUUUGGGAUUAAAUCUUACUACCUAAAACCAGUCAAAUAACAUCUAAUAGAAUAUUAUAAAAAUCAAAUGAUCGGGCAAUCGUUAAUUGAUGACAUUAUUAAUAUUAAUAUUAAAGGUCAAAUAAUUAAUAAUCCAACCCAACCAAUCAAAUACAUAGCUUGAAAAUGACCUUAACAUUAACAAUAUAGUAAAAAUAAUUGUCGUAGUGAUAAAAGAAUUAGUGGUGAAUUUUCAACGGUCAUAUGAUUAAAAUAUUUUUUUCAUUUAUGGCACCAGGAUACCAACCCACAUUUUGUUCUACCAUUAUAAAAAUGAUUGGUCGUUCAAUUGAAAUCGUUUGUUGACAAACACUAUGAAACAAGAUUAAGUUUUAAAUAGUUUGUAAACACUCUGUUUAUUCGAUAAGGCAUCGUAGUCCUUCGGAACAAGCAGGAUUACGUGAAGGCGAUCAUGUAUUGGCAAUUAAUGGUGUAGAUGCAUUGGAUAUGUCACAUGCGCAAGCUGUACAAAUUAUUGAUUUUGCAUCUUAUACAUUAGAAAUAAUAGUAGGAAGCUAGUUACCAUAAUCAUCAGUUAACAUGUUAACUAGAAAAAUGAUGAAGAUGUAUCCAGAAUACGCCGUGUGAACCAGAAUAGGAGUACAUCUCACUGAAUGUUGGACAAUCGAAAUCAAUCAAGUGAGCAAAAUAGACCAUAUGAAAAUGGUGUGCAUAUUUAAUCUUUGAGUGAUCUAUUAUGACAAAUUAUAACCAGUGGAGUCCGAUACAUGUUGAGUGGAGACAGUUAUUCACCUCAGACAAUGGAUGAAGGGUUGUGCGAGAUUAUGGACCGAUUAAAAUUAGACAUUAACACCGCAAAAUGCCGUCUCACUGGAUUAGAGCUCAAUCGUUCGCACGCCAGACUGAAGGUCCUGGGUUCGAGCGUCGCCUGCUGGAUCGUGGAUAUACACCGCUGAGGAGUCCCACACUAAAACGUUUCUGCUGUCUAUUGCUUUCAGCUCUUCAACGAUGGUCUAGAUUAGAUCAACUCAUGAAUUCAACUAUUAAAAAGAUAUAUUAUAUGACAAUCGUAUAUGCUGAACUAGUUUCCUCCAUAUGAAACUAUAAAACUCUGAGUUUAAUUAGUUUCAAAACUUUAAUCACAGCAAAAUCUCACUUCACUAUUACCUGAAAUUUUAUAAGUUGAAAGGGAUCUUAUCAUAAAUUUAAUCAGUUAUUGUUAUUUUUGCAUUAGACAUGUCAUACUCGGCACUAAAGUGGGUAGACAGAUUCAAGGACGUAACAGAAAACUAUAUCAAAAUUUAAUCAUCUUUUCUAAUUCGAUAAUUUAAAAUUUUCUUAUUUUUAUUCAACCGAUUGAACUUUUUUCUAUCAUCAUCAACUACAAAUUAGUCCAUGUUUAUUAGGGUUAUUGUCAAGCAAAAUGUUAUUAUACUAUUAAAUGUACUACAUAGGUUUAAAACGUCCAUUUUGGCUUACUGUCUGACUGAAUAUACCUAGUCAACUGAAUUAUUCGAAUAUGAUUGGCUGAAAGAUAAAAGAUAACCGUAGUAAAUAAGCUAACAUGAGUUAUUUUUUCUAACGAAAACCUUCCCUCUUUCCAUUCCAGUGAAUUUAUUUGGCAGUAUAAUAAACGAAAUCAUUACAAAGGAAUAGUUGACUAAAGAAAAACAUCUACAUGGAAUUUAGCUUUUCAUGCUUACUUGAAAAGCAGUAUGUUUAAUUAGCGAAGAUCAAUGAUUGAUCGCUUACUUUUUACAAACUGUAUUGAAUAACAUUUAAGCCAAGCAAUUAAAUAUGUAUUCAUUGUGACAGACAUCAUUAAAUGUUUUAUUAAGCGAUACUCAUUAUAUUUGUAAGUCUUAAAUGUUAGUACAAACAAUUAUGGAUUGGGGUCUACAGUUGGCUUACAUUAUCUGAGAAUUGAGGAACGAGUGAACUAUACGAAUACGGACUGUUGUACUGUGUACUCAAUAAUGGCAACUGGUAUGCACCCACAUCAACAAUUAACUAUUUACCCAGGAAGAAGACGUGGUGUAGAAUAAACUAGAUAUUUAACCAGGAUAAUUGUAAUAGGUAUAACUCAGUAUGUGAUAGAAACUAAAACAUGAAGUUGAACAAUACAAAAUAUAGCGAACUAAAAGUCAUGAUAAUCAAUUAGAAAAUAGUAAAUAUGAUACGAUGUACCGAUGUGGAACAAACGCAUUCAAAGUCAUUGUUACUGGUAAGAAUUUAACUUAAUUACUGAAAACUGAGUAAUUCAAUGAUCAUUUUAACAAGAAAAGUGUUCAGUGCUUAUUACAAAGUAAAAUAAAAUAAACAGUUUCACAUAUGUGAGAUCAUUAAUCUUUCACAAUCAGAUCAGCAUUGGAAACCUGGAAGCAUUAUACGGCCGUUUCGUCCUAGUAUGACUCCCCUCAGCAGUGCCAGACCGAAAGUCUUGGGUUCGAAUCUCGCGUGUGGUAUCAUGGAUGCACACUACAGAGGAGUUUCAUACCAGGGCGAAAAGGUCAUCCUGUGCUUCCAGGUUCUCAAUUGUGGUCUAACAGUAAUCGAUUCAUGAUCUCAACCAAAAACUCAACAGAAUCCACAACCCUUUACUGAUGGUCUCACAUAAUAUUUUUAUGGUAAUAGUUCGUUUGAAUUUUUGCGAAUUUGCAAAUUUUAUCUUUAUAUACUUCAUCCAUUUUUCAUAAAGAUAUGAACGACAUAAAAAUACAGAAACAGUCUAUAUGGAUAAUAAAGCUUUAUUAUCUAAACAAAAACCACAAGAGAUCACUACAACUGAAUUACAGUUAUUCUGGGAGAAAGAAAUGCCACUGAAACCAGCUCGCCGAAAUUGGCCACCUCCACCACAACCUGUACAAGAGUACAACAUUCCAUCUCAGCCAACACCAGUACAAUCUAAACGUCCGCCAUUAGUACAAACUCAUUCAGUUUCAAUACAUGUACCUGCGCAAAAACCAGUGGCUAUUCCAACACCACCUCAAAUACAAACAGUACAUAUACCACCUCCAGUACGACAACAAUCAAUUGAUCCACCUAUUAUACCUCAUGAUCCAGAUGUUACAAGUGUUUCUGUGAAACAAUUAAUGCGAGAAUUUGAUGUGCCACCGAUUGCACCAGAGCUUAAAAAAAAGAAUUAUGCUGAUUCAUCAUUCUAUUCUGAUCCAACAAAAUAUUAUCCAACAAUUGAAGAACAAAUUGAAAUGGCCAGGAGAGUUGCCAAUAGUUUACAUGAUCCAUAUAACCUUGAGUCGAAAGGUGCAUGUAUGUUUGAAAAACAAAGACAACGAGCAGAAAAACAUGUGAAAGAAGGUCCAGAACCUCAACCAGAUCCUAUUGAGUUGGCAAGUCCUGAAGAGUUGGAAUACAUGGUACCUCCUGAAGCACCUCCACCCCCACCUCCGCCACCACCAAGUUUUCCUGGACUUCAACCAACCAAAAAACCAGUGGUUCCUUCACCCCCACCCAUGACAUUUGCACCAGGUCAGCCUAAAACAGUACAAGAAUUUUUAGAGAAAAUUAAAAUAUUUCCUAAAAAUUUGCACGCAGAUUUAGAUCCACAAAAGUGUUUUGAUAUUGCUGCAGCUUUGUAUUCAUCGGAUAGUCGUGGUGCUAAAAUGUUUGCUAAACGUCAUGCUAGAGCAAUAAAAUGGGAUGCUAAAAAUGUAGAAGAUGGUGAUGAACCAGGGAAUAGAAUGAAUGUGACAGUAGCAUCAGGUCCUGGACCAACUAUACGUAGUCAUGAUCAAUUAAAAAUGGUUUCGAAACUUCCACAAUCAAAAACACAACAACAACUUCUAAUGAAGCAGCAACAACAACAAGCUCCUGUAAAUCAAAAUAAUAAUAAUAAUAAUAAUAAUAAUAACGGAGAGUUGGACGCAUACAGAAAGUCAUCUAUUUCAUUAUCUACAAACAGUUCGGUAACUACACCGACACCUCUGGACAAUUUGAUUGGUCCUACACCAAAGCCAUUUAUACCAAUGAGUUCAAACAACAAUACACCUUUUGGACAAAUGAAUAACAAUUCUAAUAUUACUACUGGUAAUAAUAAUAUUAAUAAUGGUAGUAAUACAAUCGAAACAAAUCGUUUAAAUAAUACAAGUGAAUCUGGUUGGCGACCAGUGAAAUUUCGAAUUGGGCAAACUGCAAAUUAA